CUUCAUUAACCCGCUCAAGAGGAAGCUAGGCGUUCACAGAAGCAUAAUGGAGAAGAAGAAAAAUGAGCUAUAAGCCUUCUGUUCUUACUACACAAAUCUAAAUCUGUGAAUUGAAUUUUGGAAUAUUUACGUUGUUGCUAGUUCUUAACUACUUGUCUCAAAUUAAAAAAACUCAAGACGUUACCGGAUUUCGUUUAAAAUCAUAAAGUGAAGGUCAGAGUUCAUCUGGUGAAUUAAAGCGCUUGAGAGAAAACGUCUUAGGUUGUAUAUAUAUAUAUAUCUUGAUAAAAACGUGAUUUUCAGGAUUGGAUACUCGUAUAAACUAUUUAUAUGGCUCAAAUUAGUGUUAAUGGGACCAAAGCAGUAAGUGACAAUGGAAAUCAAUCUACUGACGAUGAUGUUAUCCCCACAAGCAUCUUCCAUUGGAAGUGUUAUGAAGGUUACCUCAGGACAUUUCCUGCAAUGAUUAAGUUAUGCGAACUAUUGUGUAUCUUCAUAGCAUUUAUCAUCAGUUUCUUGGAUAAGAAUUUCCUAUCAGUUGGUGGUUCAUGGCUGACCGUAACAACUGCGUUAUCAUUCAUUGUCACCGCAUUUUUCCUUGUCUUCCAUCUCUUUCUUCUGCAUCGUUUUAUUGCGGCUCCUUGGUGUCUAAUCGAACUUGCUGCCUAUGUUAUCGUAUGCAUACUUGUGUUUUCAAAUGGAGUACUGUCUGCAGCAUAUUCUCAUUUAAGUGGUAUUAUAAUAGCAGAAACGAUUUUCACCUUCAUGGCUCUCGCUAUUUAUACAGUCGACAGUUUAGUUGCCUUCAAAAUUUUUACAGCUGGGCGCUAUUACGAUUAAAGUGUGCUAUCUCAUGAUUAAGUAUUCUGUUGUUCGCUUGUAAUUUUAGACAGUCCUUAAUGCAAUUCUUAAGAUGUCCUUGUUCACUAACUUACCGCUUCAUAUUAAAAAUUUUAAGAUUUCAAAUUACGAUGUAACAUUCAAGAAACCUGACUUCAGUAUUCUUGAACUGUUUUUACCACAUAACUACAAAAUAGAUCUGAUCCUGUUUGGCAUAAUAAUAUCAAGCAAGAAACCUACAUACCGACUUACACAGAGGUUUUGUUCUUUGUUUGCCUUAACUUAGUUAACAUCGUUUUAAGCUUAUCAAUACAGUAUUUAAAUUAUUCCUGUCACUAAAGAUUCCCCGGAAGCACAUAACAAAAGACAAGUCCUCUUUCUGUUUUGCCGUCUUACUGGUUUACAUAGGACGAAGCAUUUGAUGACUCCCAUAUAGUGGCUUAACUACUUUUAUUUAUUUAAACACAUAAAUACCAGUACAAAGAGGCACCAAAUAGAUGUGCCACACAAAUCAUUCAAUUUCUGUGAGGGCUGGGAUGCUGCCCAGGUGCCUAAACUGAAGCAGGUGGUUUCCUUAGGGGGAGCCUUCGACCUAAAGGUCUGAUCCACAAGACAGUGGAGCAACGUCAGAGGAUGCAGUCCAAUGGCAGUCGGUGACCAACAAUAGGUUCAUACACUAUUUGUUCCGUCAGGAUACUGGAGCCCAAAUAAACCAUUGGUUUGGAAUCAGGGUUUCCCAACUCCUCUAGGUGUACUCUCCAUGUCCACCAAGCCGGUUAAAGCGCCGGACAUUAGCUUUUCAUCCUCUCAAUUUCGUA